AUGAAUUCUAUUGUAAAGUCUUCGGCAAGAAAUUCACGUGCUUUGGGAAAGAAUACUGCGUUCAAGCAGAUUCUACGCAGGGGUGUAUCAACACAAGAGCUUGAUGCUACAAAGGGAGGCAAGUUAGCGAAUUCCUAUCGUGAGCGAGUAGUCAUUUUAGGAUCUGGCUGGUCCGGGUUCGUCCUGUCACGGGAGCUCGACAAGAAGAAAUUCCAGACAGUGGUUGUAUCACCAAGAUCUUACUUCGUCUUUACUCCUCUCCUUGCCUCAACAGCAGUCGGUACACUUGAAUUCCGUACCACUCUUGAGUCAGUCAGAGCGAGAGGUAAGGGUGUUGAAUUCUUCCAAGGAUGGGCGGAUGAUGUGAACUUCAACGAGAAGAGACUUCAAAUUGAAGAUGCAACAGUUCGAAGACCGUUGCAUGAAUCCGGAAGGAAUUAUCAUGCUGCAAGCUUGACAGAAGCUGAUCAAGCUCACCGGGUCAAGAAGAAAGGCCAGACAUUCGACUUGAGUUAUGACAAGCUUGUAAUUGCAGUCGGAUGUUACAGUCAGACUUUUGGAACUCCUGGGGUCAGGGAGAAUGCGUUCUUCUUAAAGGAUGUAGUCGAUGCCAGGAAGAUCAGAAAGAGAAUUCUUGAAUGCUUUGAAACUGCAGCAUUACCAACUACACCUGAUAAGCUACGAGAUCAGCUUCUCAACUUUGCCGUUGUUGGAGGGGGCCCCACCGGAGUUGAAUUCGCAGCCGAGCUUUUCGACCUCUGCCACGAAGACCUACGAAAACUCUACCCAAACCUGAUCCCCCACGUCAAAAUCUCAAUCUACGACGUUGCCCCCAAGAUCCUCCCCAUGUUCGACAAAGGCCUGGCCGAAUACGCUCUAAACCUCUUCAAACGCGACGGCAUCCAAGUUAAAACAGAACACCACAUCCAAUCCCUGCAACCUGGUCUUCCAGGAUCCGUCGACCCAGAUGCUGACGGCGGAUGCUUCACCCUGAAAACGCAAGAAGACGGUGAGAUUGGCGUCGGAAUGUGCGUCUGGUCCACAGGUCUCAUGAUGAAUCCCUUUAUUCAGAAAGCCUUGAACGAUGUGCACAAAUACCCCUCUUCCUCCGCUUCCCUCUCAACCGAAGUCUCUACUCCCGAAAGCAAGAAAUGGUCUUUGAAGCGGCACCCCAAAACCGGUGGUUUGAUGGUCGACGAUCGAUUUCGCGUCAAACUCAUUCCAAGGAAUGGAUCCGCCCCAACAGAAAAUACCCCCGAGGCUACGAUGCAAGACGUCUUCGCUCUCGGCGACGUCGCUGUGCUAGAGAAAAGUCAGCUACCAGCCACGGCCCAGGUCGCGAACCAGGAAGCGAAGUGGCUAGGGAAGAGGUUCAAUAAGGGAGAUAUGGAGAAAGAUGGGUUUAAUUUCAAGAAUCUCGGCGUUAUGACGUAUCUUGGGAACAUGAAGGCUAUAAUGCAGGCUGAAGGUGGGACUGAGGUUAAAGGGCGAAUGGCGUGGAUUAUCUGGAGAGGAGCGUAUCUGACGCAGACUGUGAGUUGGAGGAACAAAUUGUUGAUUCCUAUUUAUUGGUGA